AUGGCUAGACGCGAUAAAUUUGAUGACAAUAGAUGUGAUAAGUUGUUUUCUAAUCAAGUCCACAACAAGUCUUCUCAUUGUUUAUAUGGCGGCUUCCCUCCCACAUUUGAGCAACACGUGCUAUAUAAAGACGUGAAUCUCACAACCUGCCACUUAAGUUAUGUGUUUGUGUUUGAGAACAUCUCUUGGGCGAGCUGUGCACUGCAAAGUUGGAACUUCGCUCAUCAGAAUUCAAAAAUGAACUCUAGGAAAGCCUGCAAGAGACCACCCUCGGAAAAUGAAUAUGAUCAACUUCGAAAAAGGCGACGAAGAACCGCAUUUACUGACGAACAACUCAAUCGAAUGGAGGACGCAUUUCAAGAAGAAAGAUUCCCGGGUAUUCACCUAAGAGAGAAACUGGCGCAAGAGCUAAACAUUGGAGAGGACAGAAUUAAGGUCUGGUUUCAGAAUCGCCGCUCAAGAUGGCGAAGGCACGAGAUAAAAAGCAAACCUGCCUCACCCCUCUCUGAUUCCACAAAUCGACAAGUCAGUAGCCCUUUUGUGUCACCAGCCAUGUUCCAGCCGUCGCCCGCCAGUUUCCCGCCUUGGAGCCCAAUCUUCUCUCCGUUUUUAAGCAGCAGCUCGGCUUUGUUUCCAACCAAUGGACUCGCUACCCCAAAUAUGUUUCCCAGGCUUACCAGUUUCCCACACGUCGCAAACCCGACAGCCUUUCACAGAAACACUAGUUCACCGUGUGCCGCUUCACAAACAGUACUGGUCAGCGUAAUGCUCAAUCCUCGUGUAUCAGCUUCAGUGAGCCCAUCAUUCAGUUCCGAUUCCUCGCUCAGUGAUAACCUUAAGACUCAGAACCAAGCCUCUUGCAGCCGGCUCGGUCAGAGAAGAGGAUCAGCACUCACUGGAUGA